AAUAAUAAUAGUAAGUAAACUUUACGUAAGAGAUUGAUAAGCAUUCCAGUAUUAGAACAGUUGGAAUAAAGGAAAGAGAUUGUUCUUACGUUUACAUUUAAGAGGAAAAUACCGACUGCUUGAUACGUACUCAAUAUUUUUUCAUAUAUCGUUUCGUUUCUAUAGCAUAUCAUCACUGAUCUAUUUUAUGCAAAGAUCAGUAUGGCCGACACUGUACAAACCGUACUUGGAAAAGUUAACGUUACCGAACUCGGACGAGUUUUAACACACGAACAUGUUGCCGUGGAUUUUGCCGAUUUUUAUACGCCACCACCGUCUACGUUAAAACCUUUUCUAAAUAAACCAAUGAAGCUUCAUAAUAUGGGAUGGGUGAGACAAUAUCCAUAUAGUCACAUGAAUAAUAUCAAAUUCAAUGAUACCGAAAGUGCUUAUGCUGUGUUAGAAGAUUUAAAAUUAUUUCAUCAAUUUGGCGGUAAUACUAUUGUAGAGAAUAGUAGUCAUGGUUUGAAACGCAGUAUAGGAUUGAUGAAAACGCUUAUGGAAAAAACUGAUGUUAAUAUCAUAGCUGGCACAGGAUUCUAUGUCGCUAAAACACAGGAUCAGGCUACUUUGAAUUUAUCCGUUGAAGAUCUGCACAACAUUAUAAUGGCAGAAAUGCUUGAAGGUUGCCAAAUAUUUCCCGAUACCAAAGCGGGAUUUAUUGGAGAAGUUGGAACUUCUUCGCCGAUCGAAGAUUUUGAGAAACGCUCGAUAAAAGCUACUGCAUUAGUUCAAUCAGAGUUAGGAUGUCCCGUUAGUUUCCAUCCGGGAAGAGAUUCAAGUAUACCCAUCGAAAUAAUGAGAAUUUACCAGGAAGCGGGCGGAGAUUCGAAAAAGGCUGUGAUGUCCCAUCUUGAUCGUACUUUCACCAAUAAAGAAGCUUUGUUGGAAUUUUCGGACGAUACAAAUUGUUAUUGUCAAUUUGAUUUAUUUGGUACCGAAUGUUCUUUCUAUCAAUUAAAUCCAUCAGUCGACAUGAUAUCCGACGCACAACGCGUUAAUUACGUUCAACUUCUACGAGAGGAAGGGAAGAUAAGGAGAGUACUUUUGAGCCAUGACAUUCACACUAAACAUCGUUUGCUUAAUUAUGGAGGUCAUGGUUAUUCUCAUCUGUUUAAUAACGUGCUGCCGAAAUUUCGAAUAAGGGGAUUUUCCGAAGAGGAAAUAGAUACAUUAACUAUUAUCAAUCCAAAAGAUUGGCUUUCUUUUUAGAUUCUUUGUUGUUUAAAUAUAAAUAUACUACGCUCGUUAACUUCAUAUUUUAUUCGAUUGAUCAACAUUUAAUAACAAUAUAAUUUAAUAAAUUAAGAUUACCUGAA